CUCAUCUAUAACUAUUACAAUCGGGAUAUCUCAUUUUAGUAUACACUUUUUGAUGAAUCUUUUUAUCUUUGAUUUUAAUUAAGUAUCUCCCAUCAAUUGCUCACUCCCAUGUCAUCCAGAAUAACAAGGUACCAUAAUUAUCAUUGUAAAUAGCAUUUUGCAUGAAUAGAAUGCUACAAAAAGCUUGUAAUAUUAUAUUAAUCUUUCGUACUUUCUCUUUCUGCCUUUAAAUUGCAUCCAUUUUCUUUCUUUUUUUAUUUUCUUGGCUAAAUUUCCCAUACUUUCUCGUUUUCUCUGUCUGUCUUUAAAUGAUCUUGUUUCUUCAAAUGAACUCUUGUUCCUUAAUUAAAUUCCUCUUAUUCAGGAGGUUGUAAACAUGAGGUUGCUUAUUCUCUAUGGCCAAAAUAACAAUUUGCAUGAGUAGAAUGCUGCAAAAUCGCAAGUAAAAUUAUAUUAAUAUUUGUUUGUAAUAUUUUAUUAUAUACUUGCACGAGUAGGAUGUUGCAAAAAACACAACUGAAAUGGGGAAGGGUGACAACUGCAAAUCAUAAAGUACUCUUUGCUAUCUUUUGUUGCAUAAUCUAAUAAAAAAAAAUUCUCAAACAUAUAUGCUCCUUGUAUAGUGUGUGACAAUUUGGAAAAAAAUAUUAUAAAUGCAUUGCAAGAGGAGAUUACCUAAUAUCAGACAAAGACAUGAGCAAGGAAGAAAACCUUAAGUUAGACAAUCUAAGGAGUUUAAUAAAAGAGAUGUUGGCAAAAAAAAAAACAACAAUGACACAACAAAAAUCUCAAGUACUUUUUGUCAAGUGUGAGAAUAUUAGUAGAAUACUUCAAAAUGAGAUCCCAUAAAACUACUGAUAAACAACAAUAAUAACCUCUAAGUUCCUUCAUAUGCAUAUGUAUUAAAUUUUUAUGAUAUUUCAUCCUUAUGCAGUGAAUUCACCUUCCAAUCUAAUGAACUCACCUUCCUCGAUGGUUUCAACGCCUCUCUAAACCUCAGCUUCAUUCCAUCGCAACCAAACUCCUAUGCUUUUGUCAACAAAAUUGAGAUAUUUUAUGUGCCAAACAAUCUGCAUUACACGUCAGCAAAUGAAAUGGAAUUGACUUUGGUCAACCCGAGCUAUGCCCUUGAGACGGAGCAUAGAAUCAAUGUAGGAGGGAAAGAAAUCUCAACACGAAACAAUACUGGUUUGUUCAGGGUCUACACUGGUCACGAUGAAAAUUAUUUAAUGACACAAAAUCUAAAGGAUAAUCUACCACUUGACAAUAGUGGUAGGAACAUAACAGUGAAUCCAUAUUACAUGGCACCCAAGGAACUGUACAGAACAACACGUGACAUGAGCAUAAACACCACUCUGAACAAAAGUCCCAAGUUAACUUUGGAGUUCCCCAUUUUUGGCUGCUGCCACAUGGUCAGGCUCCACUUUUGUGAACUUGGCCCAAAUAUUCAUGAUAUCAAUGAAAGGAUUGAUGUUCUCCAUUUACAUAGGAAAUGUGAAGGACGUUAUGAGAUGGAGUCAAAAACCAAAAUUAAAGGUCUCCCUUUGUACAAAGAUUACAUCAUUUUAAUUCAUGGGAAUGAUGCUCAGAAAAAGUUUAAUCUCUCACUCCAAAUUUUCCCUUAUGAAAGUGAUAAUCAUAGGAAACACAAUGACUUAUUCUUGAACGACCUCGAGAUCUUCAAAAUCAGUAAGCCACAACACAUCGUAACUGAGGGAAAGAGCAACAACAUUGACAAAACUUACUCCCUCGUCAAGAUCAAGGCCGCCACCAACAACUUUGUCGAUGCCUUCAUUGUUGGAAUCGGGGGAUUCGGCCAUGUGUACAAGGGCUACAUCAACAGCGGUUCCACCACAGUCGCCAUCAAGCACCUCAAACCGGGUUCCAAGCAGGGUGUGCAUGAGUUCAUGAGCGAGAUCGAGAUGCUCUUGCAGCUCCACCACCUUCAUCUCACCACUCUUCUUGGCUACUGCAAUGAUAACACAGAAAUGAUCAUCGUCUACGACUUCAUGGCACGUGGCAACCUCCGUGACCAUCUCUACAACAGUGAUAACCCCCCUCUCUCAUGGAAGCAACGUUUGCAAAUUUGUAUUGGCAUCGCUCGCGGGUUGCAUUAUCUUUACGCAGGCAUGAAGCACAUGAUCAUCCACCACGACGAGAAAACUACAAAUAUCUUGUUGGAUGACAAGUGGGUGACCAAGGUUUCGGACUUUGGGUUUUCAAGCAUUAGGCCUACGAGUAUGUCAAAGGCCCAUAUAGUCAUAGUUGUUAAGGGCAGUUUUGGGUAUUUAGACCCAAAGUAUUGUAACCGACAGCGUUUGACAGAGAAGUCUGACAUGUACUCUUUUGGGGUUAACAAAAACUCACUAGGAAUCAAAUUCACCUUUUUCAAAAAUAUAUUUUGUUCUUACCAGGUUCAAUGUCUCUCGACCUGCUCUGAUUUGUCUCUUUUUUUCUCUUUGUGCAUAUCGGCUCCUUUGCUGAUGGUGGGGGUGAAUACCUAA